AAACAUUGUUCUAAUUUGUGCAGAAGAAAAAACAAUGGUGUGAUUCCAGAUUUUUAUUUACAACAUCUUUAAACAGAACCUGCAAUAACUUUCCAAAUUACCCUGAAGACUGUUUAUAUUUAGAACAUUGAGUUAGCUUAAGAUAGUUUACAGUUUGCUAGUGGAAAAUGCCAAUGUAUCGAGAGAGAAUCAAAAGACGGAAUUAACUAUUUAUUUUAAAUUAUCUAAUUAGCUCAUCCAUUUUUAUUGCUUUAAGUUAAAUUUUAGUAAACAAAAUGAUAUUAUAACAAAAUAUUUAUUCAGCUUACAAAAUUAUUUACGCUAUGCUAGAGUGCUUCUUUGGAUAUUGUGUCUGAUGGAGAAUUAUGGACAAUAUGGCGUCCAACGUAACGUUACGCAGCACCAAGCAAAGGAAAGACAACCUCAUUGCGAGGAAACAGGACAAGAGUCCGGAAAAGACGAUCCGGGGGACCAGGGGAGCGUACCGAGGCAUACCGUCUACGUCCAAACGUGAUGAGGACCAGGAGACCAGCACGACAGAGAGAAUGGACAGGCCGAAGAAGUUCAUACAGAAGAGUCAUCUGGGAAAGAGGCCGGAUUUCUCGCUGAAGAACAGAAAUGUGCACCUUGCUUCUUCACGUUAUGGACAGAUGACGUCUGGCCUCCACGGCCACGGGCACCAGAUCUCGCAGCCGGCGCACCACCUCGACUCCACGGUAUUACCGGCCAAGGAGAAGACCGUACAUGGGAAGGAGAAGACUUUCAAGGUGGUGGUAGGCAGCGAGGUGGGCGUGAUGAAGGCGCCGGUGCUGGGCGCGCGGCCCUACAACGCGCUGGCCAUCAUACACACGCAGCAGAGCAACACCUUCGACAUGCUCAACUCGCUCACCACCAGCGUGGCGUCCCAACCGGUGGUGGGCGGGUAUAGGCGGCGUAGCUCCGGCCAGGGCCCGCUGUGCGACCCCGAGCUCGACGACAGCGGCAAUAAGCUCGUCGCCCGCCUCGAAGACGACGCCUUCAUCUCCGAGCAGGAUCUGGAAGACACCAUUAACAUAGCGACGAAGAAGGGUCUACCGCACACCGACGUGGGCGAAACCGACGCCACGGGGGAUGAGCAGCCGCAGGAACAACAGAAUGGUCUGGAGUACGGUCCCAUCUACGAGCUGGAGAAACUGACGGAUAAAGACAAGGAGAAGGCGGACAAAGAAGAUGAAGAGGAGCCCAUCGGAGUCUCGCCCUGCGGCAGGUUCUUUAAGUACGAUAAGGAGGUGGGUCGCGGGUCGUUCAAGACGGUAUACCACGGUCUCGACACGCAGACCGGCGUAGCUGUGGCCUGGUGCGAGCUGCUGGAGAAAAAGCUGAACAAGACGGAGCGACUUCGGUUCCGCGAGGAAGCGGACAUGCUGAAGAAGCUGCAGCACCCCAACAUCGUGCGCUUCUACAACUACUGGGAGGGCACCGUCGCCAAGAAGAAGAACAUCGUCCUCAUCACAGAGCUUAUGGUCUCCGGCACGCUUAAGACGUACCUGCGGCGGUUCAAACGGAUCAAGACAAAGGUGCUGAAGUCGUGGUGUCGGCAGAUUCUGAAGGGCCUCAACUUCCUGCACUCGCGCACGCCCCCCAUCAUACAUAGAGAUCUGAAGUGCGACAACAUCUUCAUCACGGGCACGACCGGCAGCGUCAAGAUCGGCGACCUCGGCCUUGCCACGCUCAAGAACAGGAGCUUCGCCAAGUCCGUUAUUGGCACGCCAGAGUUCAUGGCGCCGGAGAUGUACGAGGAGCACUACGACGAGUCGGUGGACGUGUACGCGUUCGGCAUGUGCAUGCUCGAGAUGGCCACCGGCGAGUACCCCUACAGCGAGUGCAGCGGCCCCGCCCAGAUCUACAAGAAGGUCGUCUCGGGGGUGAAACCGCAGAGCUUGGAGAAGGUGACGAUACCGGAGGUGAAAGACAUCAUUGAGUCUUGUAUACGACCCAACAAAGCCGAUAGGCCGAAAGUCAAAGAUUUGCUGAACCACGAGUUCUUCGGCGAGGACAUCGGGCUGCGGCUGGAGAUCGUCGGUCGCGACCUCGUCACCUGCUCCGACAUCACCAAGAUACAGUUCCGCCUGAAGAUCAUUGACCCUAAGAAACGGCUGAACACGCACAAGGAGAACGAGGCGAUCCAGUUCGAGUUCGACGUGGAGCGCGACGACUGCGAGGAGGUGGCGACCGACAUGGCCAAGGCGGGCCUCAUCAUGGAGGAGGACGCGCGCAUCGUCACCAAGCUGCUCAAGUCGCAGCUCAUCAGCCUCAACAGAGAGCGGAGCGAGAAGAAAGUUCAGAUGCUGUUCAACCAGGAGCUGAUCACCGAACAGAACCGCCAGCAGCAGCAGAUGUUGUUGGAGCAGCAGCUCAGACAGGUGAAGAUGAUCCAAAGUCAGCAAGGUGGUCCAGUAGAUCAGGUGAAGGGGGGGUUACUGAAUGGAGUCGGCGCGCAGCCCACGCUCGCCGCUGUGCAGCUAGAUCAACAAUCGCAACUAUUGCAAGCCCAGCAACAAUUACUCCAACAGCAGUUCCAACAACAUCUCACCAACGAGGAGAAAGCCAUUAAACUUUUCCAACAUAACCUUAUGCAGGCUAGAAUGUCACCAUGUCUGUCCGCCGACCAACAGCUGCUGCACCAGCAGCACCAACUCCUCGAGCAGAAUAUUAAACAACAAGUUAUCAUGGAACAGAACCUCUUGAACCAGCAAAUGUUCGACACCGUGCAGAACCACAACUACAUCGAGCACCAGAACCAACAGACGCUUGAGCCGCAGCAGCAGCUGCAGCAGAAUCUGCUCGGCCAGCAACUCGCCGGCGACCUCAGCACCCAAAACCAGAUGCAGCAGAUCAUCCAGCAGCAGCAGAACAUCAUCGCGCAGCAGGCCGCUACCAUACAGCAAAAGCAGUUGGAGGAGCAGCUCACUCAGGACAGCAUGGCGGCCGGCCCACAGCCCAACCUCGCCGCGGGCCAGAUGCUCGACCCCUCGCUGCAAAACCUCCAGAACAUCUUGGCGCAGAUCAUACACAGGCCGGAAACUAUGCAACCGAGGAAGGAUUCGGAGACCGAGGCGGUGCAGCAGCAGCAGCAGCAGCAGCAGCAGAUGCAGUCGCAGCAGAUGCAGCAGCAAGUCAACAACCUGGCAGAGAAUUUGGACGUGCAUCAGAACAACCAAAUGGAGCAGGAGGCUAUGCAACAGCAGAAUAAUCUUAUGAAUACUCAAAUGCAACAGCAAGCUAGUCAAAUAAAUUAUCAACAGAAUCAACAAUAUUUUCAUCCUAAUAUUCUAUCGGCGGCGGUCGAUCCGGCGAUAUUCGCUCAACAGCAGCAGGUGGCUCAGGCGCAGCAUCAAGUCGCACAGGCGCAGCAACAGCUCAACAUGCAGAAGCAGAUGCUAGCGCAGCAGCAGUUUGUUCUCCAACAGCAGCUGAUUAAUCAGCAGCAACUUCAGAUGCCGGGGCAGACGCUCUCCCCGCAGCAUAUCAGGACUCUGCAGCAGCAGCAGUAUUUAGCGCAGCAGGAGCUCCAACUGCAGACCCAGCAAAAUUUAAUAGAUCAACAAAAUCUAGCGCUCCUGGCUCAGAAGCAGCAGCUCAUGGGCCAGCAGCAGCAAAAAGUGGAGGAGCUGCUGCGCGCGCAGAGGCCGAUGUACACGCGGCAGGGCUCUGAGCAGAGCCAGGUGAGCGCCGUAGACGCGCACGACCAGCAGAACCUGCUACCCGACCACUACCAGCAGAAGCCACAGCUCCAGCAGCAGAUAUCCAUCGAUCGGCUCGGCCACUACCACACUCUCGUACAGAAGCAGCAGUCCGACGAGCAGCAACAGCAGCAGCAACAGCAGUACAAGCACCUACAGGGCCAGUCACUUCCGCAUAAUGCGCUGCCGCAGGGCUUCACGUUGCAGCAGGGCGAGCGGCAAAUAUCUAGUCACGAGGGCACACCUGUGCAGAAUUUCACGACGAACCCGUUGCAGGUGUACCAACAGCGCCAGGUGCAGAGCCUCGCCUACCCCGAGCCUGCGCCCAGUUCGCAACCGCCCGCCUCGCACUACCAACCGGUGGAGGGUGUCCUGGCGAUGGCGCCGACGUCACAGCCACCCGCGUCCCAUUACCAGCCCAUGGAGAACGUCCCGGCGUCCGUUCCAGCCUCGCAGCCCCCCGCCUCCCUCUACCAGCCGGUGGAGGGCGCUCCGUCAUCGGUGCCGAGUUCUCAGCCGGCCGUCUCGCACUACCAGCCCGAGGGUGUUCCGGCGCCGGUGCCCAGCUCGCACUACCAGCCGGUGGAGAGCGUCCCGGCGUCGCUGCCCGCCGUCCCGCCUGAGUCCGCACCGCAGCCCGCCCCGCCGCCCGCCGACGCCGUCCCGCAGCAGCUGAACAUCCCGCCGGAUGAGAAUGGCCUCGCCGCCAACACGCAGAAGGAGCAGUUCCACACGCCCAUGACGGAGUUCCCGUCCGGCGCGACGCACCUGGAGUCCAUCCGCCCGCCCGAUCUCACCUCGGUGGAGGAAAAACUGGGGGAGAGCCAACAGGAAGUCGGUACCGCGAUACCUUCGCCGAUAGCCGCCGAGAAGAAGUCGCGCGGGUCGAAGAAGCGGUCGCGCGACAAGGACAAGCUGCCGCGGCUGAGCGUGCUGGCGGUCAGCGACAACGCUACCGUGGUGGAGUGCCAGCUGGACUCCAAGUCCAAGACGGUGACGUUCAAGUUCCACGUGCCAGAUGUGAACCCGGAGGACCUGGCGGGGAACCUGGUCAGCAACGACCUGCUGCCGGAGUGGCAGCGCGGCGCCUUCACUGAGCUGAUCCGCGACAUCGUGCGACAGCUGCAGGCGGACCCCGCCGCCGCUGCGUCACUAGUGGGGCCAGCCACGCUGCACGCGUUACGUCUCAACAUAGACAAGAGCGAUUACGACUCGGAGACGACGGAGCGCGAGGAGAACCUGACGGACUCGAACCAGGACAACUCGGAGUGCACCACGCCCACCGCGUCGCAAGACAUCACGCUGGCGGAGCUGGAGCCCGAGCCCGCCCCCCCGCAGCCCGAGCCCCGCCCCGAUCGCGCGCACGACACGCUCGCCAGGAAGAUCAGCACCGCAUCGUCUAUAGGUUCAAAUCAAUCCGACGGCGGGCCUAUGGCGCCGGACCGCGCCGGUAGCACGGACUCCAACGGAGAGAAGAAGUCACAGAAGCCAUCCCGAAAGAUAUCGAGAUUUCUAGUCAGCCCCGUCGUGGAUCGCGGCGAGGCGGUGCCCGAGGAGCGGCCCGCGCCCGCCGCCGAGCCCCCCGCGCCCGAGCCCCGCGACCCGCCCCGGGAUCCGCUCCGGGAUGCACUCGUCAACGGCGUGCUGGAGCCCGAGCCGGCGCCCGUGCCCGCGGCCGCACCGCCCCCCGCUGCGCCGCCCCGCGUGCCCGAGCCCGUCGCGGUCGCACCCAAACCAGUCUCGCAAGCCAUUCCCUCGGAAAACCUAGUUCCUACUCACCAGUAUUCCCUGCCGUCGCAUGCGCCGCAGACUGUCACCGACCACCGGCCGGUGGAGCUGAAGCAGGCGGCGAGCGAGCCGGCGAGCACGGCGUACGCGCCGCCCCUAGCCGCGCCCGCGACCGCCCCCGCCCCCGCGCCGCCGCUGCCUUUCCCGAGCGCGGUGGCUCCGGGUCUGCUGAACGGUGCGGCGCCGGCGAACCUGGCCAGCCUCACCACGCCGCUGCAGAUCGCUACGGACACGCCGCUGCUGGGGCUGGGCGCGGCGGGCGUGGCGCUGGGUGCGGCGCCGGCGCUCAUGCCGCUGGCCCCGCCCACGCUCACGCCCACUGCUGUAGUCACCGAUCCAGCUGCCACCGCCAACGCUGAGAACAUUCAGAGAAUGCUUCUCAAACAGAAUAUUUUGAACCAGCAGCAGAACCUGUCGGGCCCCAACCUGCUGGGUCUGCUCAACCCGCCGCACUACCCGCAGCCCGACCUCGCCCUACACAACAACUUGUUAGCCACGCCCAACGCGCCGCCGCUGCCGCGCCUGCCGUACGCGCCCUACUACCAGCCCAUGCUCGCAACUGCCAACGACCUUAUAGCUCAACAACAAGCUUUACAGACUUCAGUGAGUCAGCUCACGCAGCCGAUGGGCUCGUUUGGCCUGGGUUUGGGCCUGGGUGCGCCGCUUCAGUCCGGCCUCGCCGCGCAGAACCUAGGCCUUCAACAGAACUUAGGUCUGCAGCAGAAUCUAGGCCUCAACCAGAACCUCAUGGGCCAGAAUCUUGGACAGUCAUUAGGUUUAGCGGGUCAGAAUCUAGGUCUAAGCGGACAGAAUCUCAUGGGUGGGCAGGGUCUGGGCUUGGGCGGGCAGGGGCUUGGGCUGGGCGGGCAGAACCUCGGACUGAUGGGACAAAAUCUGGGCUCGCUGGUGGCACAGCGGGCGGUGCACCACGCGCUCGCCAGGCGACACGUUGACAUGGAUAUGGGUAUGACGAACGCGAACUCUACGGGCUCGACGCAGCCCAGCACGCCCAACAAGAGCCAGUCAUACAACGAGUACAUGAUGUCGCUGCAGAACAAACUCUCCUCUAUAUCCAACAGCGGCCCCGUGUCCCCGCAGUCGCCGAUGGAGUACAGCCCCGCGCUGUCGCCGACGCAGCGGCAGAUGCACGCGUUGGCGGGACACAAGCUGAUCCAGCGCGACGCGGUAUCGGAGCACGGCGGCACGCUGGAGGGGGAGGCGGAGGUGGAGGGUGGGUCGCACGCGCAGCGCCUCGCACACCUUGACCACGAGCUCAGCAAGAUCAGCCUGCACUACAAACACGCGCCCGCCAAGGAUGUGUAUACCGAAGACCACAGCGCUACAGAGCAUGAUCUGCUGGAGGCGACGUUGAACGACAGUGCUGUGGAUACGUAUGAAGAAGUGGGCGUGGAGCGUGGCGGUCGGCGCUUCAGAGUGGCGCGCGCGGCGCCGCUACGCAGCUACGCCCUGUGUCGACUGCUGCCUGAGAUGCAAGGCAAGGACAAGUUGGAGGCGUCGGCGUCGCAGUACGAGGGCGGGGACGAGCUGUCGAUGGACAACGCGUCCGCGGACACGAGCGGCGAGGAGGAGGACGCGCACACGUACGUGCUGACGGACCGCGCGCGCGCACGCACCUACGUCAUCGACGACGCGUUCGGCACGCGGCACACCAUCCUAGACCCCGCCCCUUACGUGCAGAGCGACAGCAGGCCGAGUCCCACGGAGGCGGACGAGACCCGCAGCUACCUGAUCGUGGACGCGGCGCGUGACAUGACGUGCACCGUCAUCGACCGCGCGCUGCGGCUCACCGACGACGAGGGGUUCGCGGAGUUCGCCGAGGGGCGGCACCGGCCCCCCGCCCCGCCCGCCGGCGCCUCCCCUCUGGGGGAGGAGCUGGCGCGGUGGCGGGCCGCCGCCCCCGGCCCGACGCCCGACGCGCGCCUGCUGCGGGACGUGCGCGCCGCCGACCUGCUCGCCGACCUCUACAUCGAGGAGGCGCUCACGAACAAAGCGCUGGUGCAGGCGGUGGUGCUGCUGGCCGUGCGCCGCUCAUGACGACCGCGCGAGUGAUCACCGUGUACCUUAUAUUUAUAUUUAUUUAUCAAGUGUAACAUAUAUCUAUAUCAUUACUCGUAAAUAAAAUAUUCAUAUGUGAUAUCCGA